CAUGUCGAUGAUGGCGGAUCUCGGUGGCGGCGCUGAGCUGUGCUCCGUCUCCGUGAUCUCCUGCCUGCUGCUGGCUUGCAGCUACGUGGGGAGCCUGUACGUGUGGAGGAGCCAGUUGCCCAGGGAUCAUCCGACUGUGAUUAAACGGCGAUUCACAAGCGUCCUGAUUGUCUCGAUGCUGUCUCCAUUAUGGGUCUGGGCAUGGCGGCAGUACACAGGUUUCAAGACAGGUCCGUCGCUGCUGAUGCUAAUGGGGGUCCAUUUGGAGGGGAUCUUUGCUGCUGCCUGCCUUCCACUCUUACUGACCAUGGUACUGUUCUUUGGGCCACUGAUACAGCUGGUUAUGGACUAUCCGUGGGAUUUCAUUGAAGGAAUGAAGAUGAUUCUAGAUCCACAGUUCUGGGUGCAGUGUGUGGCAGACAUGCGUUGGAUGAGGAAUCAAGUGGUGGCUCCCCUGACAGAAGAGCUGGUGUUCCGGGCCUGUAUGCUACCAAUGCUAGUACCUUGCACUGGCCUUAGCCGCGCCAUUGUCACCUGCCCGCUUUUCUUUGGAGUUGCUCAUUUUCACCACGUGAUCGAGCUCCUGAAGUUCAGACAAGGAACAGUCACGGGGAUCUUCCUCUCAGCAGCUUUCCAGUUUUCUUACACUGCAGUGUUUGGAGCAUAUACUGCUUUUAUUUUCAUCAGAACAGGUCAUCUGAUUGGUCCAGUGUUGUGCCACUCAUUUUGCAACUACAUGGGAUUCCCAGCAAUUGGCGCUGCCCUCGACCACCCUCAGAAACUCACCAUUUUUUUCUUCUAUGUACUGGGAGUCAUCCUCUUCCUGCUGCUGCUGUUUCCUAUGACGGACCCCAUCUUCUACGGUAGCCUUGCCAUUUGCCACUUGACCAAGCCAGACACCAGCACUUCAAUCUGCACCUGACCCCAUCUGCGGACUCGCCUGUUGCAUCUUUCUUUAUCUCUCUUUAUUCUCUCACGCUGUCUAAAAUUCAGGGAAUUCUCCAUCCAGGAGCUGGCAGGUGGACUGGGAAACAUCUCAGGAAUUUGGAAGUUUUGUCUGUGAAUCUGGAAUGGCAUGGAGAGGGGAAGAACAGGAAUACCAAAAGAACAGUACUUGAAAUCGGGUGUUUCAGGAGUCUCCCUUCUUGGCCACGAGGGGAAAAAACAGAAGAGUCCUCCGUUUGGUGCAUUUUAACCCCCAACCCCACCCCUCCCCUGAUGCCUCAUGAGACAAACUGACUACUCCCUUACACGCGCACCCUCUCACCCGCUGCCCCCCCCACCCACCAACCACUGCAUCACAUUUAAGAACUCCAGGCUUCCAGCCAGUACUGUGCCGUGCCGUUUUAAACUCACGCUCAUUUACCAGUCACUCGUGACAUAACUGUUGUAAAGAAAAGUCCUACUGUGAUCGCUUCCGGCCUUUCGCUCACUCUGAGCCUGUAACUCUGCAUGGCCAAGCCUCUAUGUUGUCAGGAUUCUCUGUUGGACAGACCACACACACCCCAUCUGCGUCCACUUGUGUACGAAUAAUGUAGAAAGUUCCGGAAUUUUGGCCUGCUUCUGGUACGACGUGCAGACCCUGAUGGGUUGUGAUGUCAUUUGAGGGCCUGUUUUUAUUUAUUUCAUUGGCACGCUGAAUGCUUUUGCAGCAUGGUUUGUGCUGUGCUGGAUCUUUGCCUGAUGACCACCUUAAGGCCAGGGAGUCUAUCCACUUGGAAUGAUGUUCUACUCCUUGAGACAAGUGGAGUGAAGGUUGAGGGGUCCUUUUCCUUCCUCUGUCUCAAUGAAGUCAGGUAGCAGCGGGAGACCCUUUCCGUGGUGAGGUUAGAAGCAAAUAUUGGAAUUGAAUUCCGAUUGACUGAAUGAGAUGGCUCUUGCCCUCAAUUAUUAAAGAAUUUGGGGACCUGGCUGAAUUCCGUCGCCAACUGCUAUGUACCCUGUUUUGUUCUCAACAGUUAUGUCAGGGAUGUACCAGCCCUUGUUCCUGUCACUGUGGACCAUGCAGGUUUGAGCCUUUGGGGUCAUUGAGGAGGGGAGUGAAGGGGGUGUUGAUGCAGGGCCAGGCCUCUCCCAAUUUAAAUCUGUGCUUGCAUUAAUUUGUGAGUUUCCGACAUGACAAAAUGUUGUUCUGAUUUGGAUGUCAUCUGUUCGGUGGGCCGAUGACCAGCCUUUACACAGGUUGUCGAGUGGAAUGUGGUUCAAACAGAACAGAGACCAGCCCCCAGGAAAUACAAGCGCAGUGUAAGGAUUGUGCUGGCUGGUCAUCAAAGCCUUGCUUCUGAAGGCUGUGCAUGACCCAUGGUGAGGGAUUGCAUUUUGGGCAUCCCUAAGCCAACUUUCACAGCAAUUUUUCACCUUCAAGUCACUUGGACGACUGAAACCAAGAUAUGGGAAAAGUGAGUCUUUAUUUUCAAAAAGAAGCAUUGUCAGGUAAGAAAGUCUCACACAAGGAUGCAGAGCCAUUGUGAGAGUGGCCUUGCGUUUUCCCCUUCCCUGAAUAUGCCUGAAGAUUAUGGCCUGUUUUUCCAGCAUUAGCAAGAGUGUGGGUAAUUCUCUGAAAGGUUAAUUAAAAUCCUGUUUUUUAUUGACAACUGAACUAUAAAGCAAGUACAGCAUACAUUUGCAAUAUAAAGAAUGCCAGUACAAUCUGAUAAGCUGGCUUGUUCCUUCACAAUUGGAGCCUUUAGCUUACGGAGCGUGAUGUAUUGAGACAACAUCUCGAGUGUUCUUUUCUUUAGUUAUUUUGUGUGUGGGGAGGCAGAGUUUGGGUUGUUAAACCCUGCGUUAAUCCUGCCACACCCUGAUUCCGGGCGGACUGUGAGGAAAGUUGGCAACACUAGGUCAGCUGCCUCAUGGCUGUCAUAAUAUGAAUAAUUCCACCCAACUCAGAUGGCACAGUGGUCGUCAAAACCCGGAAGGCCCUGGUUCAAAUCCCACCUGCUCCAGAGGUGCAUCGCAACGCAACCAAACAAAUUGACUAAAAAUAACUUGUAAGAAAAAAGACUCACUAAGCUAAAUUAUCCACAGACUCUUUACUCAGGCUGGGACUGUGCCAGUUAGCUACACCGUUUUCCAUUUGAGGUUGACUUUUCCUUCAGGCCACCGAUUGGCUUAUUCAAAUUUGCCAGGAGCUAGCAUCAAGGAAUUCCAUUCCCAGCUCUCCCUCCCUGGCCAGCAAGCUUAGAAUCUUUUCCCCGCUAAUGAGGCAGAAGUGAUGUGAGACGUGCCACUGCAAACCCAUCAGAAAAGGAAGGAAUUAUCAGGCACUGUACAUAUUGCUGAAGGGCUACUGGAGAGUGGUGAGGUACCCGUUUGCCAAAAGGCAAGCACAAUAAUUUGGACUGCUGUAACAUACACUUUGAUGCAGCAGUACUUCCUCCCUGAUGUUAAGGCUUCCCCCUCCAACACCAUCCUGUCUAAUGGAUUUUCCUUUGGAUGGCAAGGAAGCAGGAAAUAUAUUUGCUUAGACCACCGCGCCCCCCCCCCCCCCCCCACAAAAAAAGAGGAACCCAUUAAAUGUUUAUUUCCGUCUUUUAGCGACCCAAAUUCACUGAGGUAAGUGCACUGGAAGCUGUCCUUGUUUUAAGCCUGCUGUGUUGUGACACUGGCCCAGCCGUGGACUGGUGUCCUUUGUGUGUCUGUUCUGGUUUUCCUAGGAAGAGGCUGUGUAGCUCUGCAGUCAGUCUCUAUAGCUGUCCCACCAGCUAUAAAUCCAAGGUGUAAUGACCGAAAACCUUGAUGGUGCUGAAUUUGUCACCAGCCAGUUAGUGUUUAAAAUUCUGUCAACGGCGACCUCUCUUUGACCUCACUACUGAAAAAUACAUCCACUAUCUUUUGCCGAGGAAUUUAAAUUCUCAUAAAUAUUUUUUCUAACGUAAAACUACAGAAAUGUUUGUAAAUCAAGCAAUAUAUAUAUAUAUGUAUAUAUAUAUUUUCUAAAAGUGACUAUUUUCCUGACAAGAGAUUGUAUAAUGAGAAACCAAGACGUUUUAAGAGUUUGACUUGAAAAGCAAAAUGGAGCUGACAAUCUUGUACUGUAUCGUGUAGGGUAUACAUUUCUGAUUUUAAAGAAAAUAAAAUAGACCAAGCAUCCACUUUA